AUGAGUGCCUAAAACAAUCCCAUUUCUGUUACAGCCUUUGAUCAACCCUCUCCUCAGGGGCUUUCACCCACUAAUGAAAACCAAGAUUUUAACAGUAUUAAACUGCCAUAUAUCAAAAAAGGUCUGGAAAGCGUUAAUACUCCAGGAGAAACUCCAAGAAGAUUGGGCGGUCGUUUGAAGAAUCAAAUGUCUAAACUAGAUCAACUGAUACACAUUUUAAAAAAGGGAUUCAGGCAGAGAACUGAAAGAGAUUUAGAGCAACUAGUUCCACUGAUAAAAACAAUUUAAUUUUUUCAAGAAAGGGACAUUAAAGAUUCAGAUUAUGUGGAAAUCGUUUCAUGCUUGACUUAUGAGCAUUUCAACCCAAAAGACACAGUCUUUGAAUUCGGUAGUGUCAGAGUAUUAAUACCUGACUAUCAUAACAGAGAAGUACUAUUCCAGAUUGAAGAAUCUAAAGAAGAAGUAGCUUAGCUGUAAAAUGAAAUCAAGGAGGUUCAAGCAUAAAUCGACCUCGAGAAGAAACUACAUGAAGAGUACUUGAAAAAGUUAGCUGAAGAGGAGGCGUACUUUGAAGAACAUGAUAAGACAAGUUAUGGAAGCAGUGCCGCUCUAUCUAUGAAGAAAGGAUCCUCUGCUUACGGCUAAAAAAGAAGGAACUCAUUGAGAAGAUAAAAGCAUUUAUCUCCAGCUAAUUCUUCCAAAACAAAUUCGAGGCAUUAAUCAUUCAUCACUCCUAGAAAUGAUCUUCUAUUCAAACUGAAGGAGACAUCUCUGUUUAAGGAAAAAUCCUCAAAUGUAACAUUUAAUGGGGACAAGAAAUCGCUAUUCUUAAAGAACUUGGUUGACUUAUAGAAGUCUGCUAUCUUUUCUGAGACUGAACUGGGAUCAAGUGUUCAAGAUUAGAGUAUGAGUUCUCUCCCGAAAAACAAGAAUCUACCAUCUAAGGAAAUGACUCUAGAUGAAAAAAAAGCAUUUCUGCUAACAUAAAUGGAAGAGCUAAAGUAAAGAAUCGAGACUACACUAUAUGUUGAUGUAGUUCAACUCAACACUGGUAAAAGUUUUGGAGAAUUAGCACUUACUAAGAAUAAACCUAGAGCUGCUACUAUCAAAUGUAGCUCGGAAUGCCAUUUAGCUAUAAUGAGUAAAGCUGACUAUGAUAAGGUACUCUUAAGAAUCGAGCAAAAGAAUUUAAAUAAAAUUUUAGAAUUCCUGAAUCAACUGCCCUUUCUCUAAGGGUGGUCAAAAGUUUAGCUUCAAAAGCUUUAAUAUGCUUUUGAGUUAAAACACUUGAAAAGAAAUACAGUGCUUUAUCGUGAAGGUGAGCAUAAUGCCAAUGUCUACAUCAUAAAGAAUGGAGACUUUGAAGUGUCCAAAAAGAUUAAGGUCUCAGAGGGAGCAGAAGCAAUGCUUGAAUUACAAAAUAUGGCAACAUUCGUUGGACCAGAGAAGUCACAUGUUAAAAGACAGAAUCCUAACGAGAUCACAUCAUUCAAGGAUUUUAUGCACUCUAGAAAGACAUCAGAAGGAGAGAAAAUUAAACCUUAAAAUCUAAAUCAAACACUAACAAUCCAAACCUAAAAAAAGAAAAUAUUCUUGAAUGACGACAAACUCUAAGCCCUUGCAAAUAACAAAAUCAUAGCAGCAACUGGAGGAUAGUAAACAAUGAAUAACUUCAAAAUUGCCUAGAUUGGUGUGGGUUAGCUUUUAGGGGAGGAAGAUGUUAUAUCGUAGAGGCAUUACACUACAUCAGUUACUUGCAAAUCUAAUUUCGGAGAGGUGUAUUGUAUAAAGAAUACAGACUUUAUUAAGAAACUAAAAGCUAAUUCAGAGUCUUGGAAGAUUGUUCUACUGAUGUCAAUGGCAAAAGAAAAGGCUAUUUUCGAUAGAGUUAAGAAGAUUAAAAAGCUUAUUAGAAAAAAUUAGAAAGUAUCAGAAUAGGGCUUUGGUGGAUUUGGAGUUUCUCUGUUGAAAGGCAAUCUACUCCUCAACAAAAAUGAAAUUGAUGUGAGAGAAAAAUUUAAGGAAAUCAUAAAUGACUAUCCAUUCGUAGAGACCCAUAAGAAGAUUGUCGAAAAAAAUCUUGGCAAAGAUGAUUUAACCAAAUCGCCUUAAGCAAAAAGAGAUGAAACUAGAAAAACUAUUGAAAUUGAUCUAAAAAAUUUGCAUUCCCGAAAGUAGAAGCUAAGAUCAGAAUUGCCAUCAGUUAAGAACUAACGAGCGCUUAAGACUUUGACAUCAUCCCAAACUAGACUGGAUAAAUCUAGGAGAAUGUCUAGGUCGUAAUCACCAAUGUAUUUAUAAUAGUAGUCCACUUAACAUUACUAAGGAGCUGCGAAACAAACUUACUUAUCUUCAAAGAUCGCUGAUUUGAUAGCUCAAUCUGUUGAGAAUCUAGGAGAUGAUCCUGACAGAUAGAAAAUAUAUCAAAUCUAGAAAUAAUAAAAAGGCAAAAAGAUCCUUUAAAAAAAUACUGCUAAAAAUAAAUCCUCUAAUCCUGAUCUAUAACAACAGUCUUAUUAGCAGUAGUAAUAAUCAUAAUAGCUUAAUAAUUCAGUAAUUGUCUACUCAAACAGCAAUCUAAAGCUUAAUUAAGACUCUAAUGCAUCUCUUGGAAAUACUAAGUUUGUCAACAGUCAUAUAGCAAAUACAAUAAUAAUGAAUAACUAUUCAAAGAAAGAUUUAAUCAUCUUUUAACCCCACACCUAGGCCAAGGUCAAUUUUAAUAAUACAAAGAUGCAUUCCCCUUAAUAAACAAAUGCUAUUUCAAAGCAUAUUCAAAGUAGGAAUAAUAUACAGCAAGCAAGCAUUAACAACAUGAGAUCUUAAUCAUCUUCAAGCAUUCAUAGUAUAGGUAAAGUGAAUCAAGCCAAUAUGACCUCAGUCAACACAUCAUUUAGGCAUUAAAAUUUCUAAUCAGCUUACCCUGGGUUCAAUUUCACCCAAAAAUACAAGAAUCCCCUAAUAAGGAAUACUAAUUUCAAUAUCAAUCUCUCCUUUUAAAAUGAAUAAGAUUAUGGAAUAAAUAUGAUUCAAAGACCAGAUCAAACUAAUUCUAGAAGAGAACUAAAAGACUACACAAUGCCGUAAGGUAGGAUUCACUAAAGUUUUAGGAGUAGUAACUCUCCUUUUAAUAGAGUCUAGAAUAUGUCUAAGCAAAUGAUGCUGUCGCAAAAGAGGAGUAAUAAAGGUGAUGGUGCAUACUCAUAUAUGUCUGUUGCUCAUACUCUUACAAAUACACAGCCUCUAAAGCUUAAAAAGAAACUAGCUAAUAAUGAGAAACUACAAAAGAGAAUCUAAUACAGUAGAAUGGUGAUUAAAAAUGAUCAUCACGAAUCUCCUAAAAUUUACAUUCAUCAAAGGAAUAUGGAUUAAUAAAACUCUAAUCCAUUAAACAGCUCUGGCCAAUAAUCAAAUGCAAACACAAAUUAACCUACUAUGAGAAACCAGAUAAUUGAUUCAAGGUAUCAAAUUAAUGAUAAUGGAGAAAAAAAUAAGAUUCAAUCUUUCAUUAUGGAAAACAAAAAGAGCCUCGGUAUCAAUUGA